ACAAAUUUUCCAUGUCCCUGUAAAGUGUUGUUUAUACAGAUGUAUUUACCUUAACCUUGAGCAUUGCUUUUAACUAAUUCUUUUUCAAAACUAGUUCGUAUGAAUUUAAUUAACUUUUAAUACAGGAAUUAUGUAAAAAUUCUAGGUUAUAUAAAAUAUAUCGUUGACUUGAAACUAGUGAAUAAUAAUUUUUUUUCGGACACUACUUAAUAGCUACAUUAAGAUACUUACAUUUUACGAAAAAAAAAAAAAAUUUGGUAACCAUAAAUUAUAACAUCAAACUAAGACGAAUCCAAUACAGAACUGCAUUUCAUUGUAUGAAGAAAGACAAUUUCCUGCGAGCAUAAAAUAUUUUCAAAAAACAAAUUCAUAAAAGGAAAUUGAUAGAAAUUAAAUUUCUCUAUACUUUAAAUGAAUUAUUAAAUUUUAAUUACUGGCUACGCAAAAUAAUGAAUAAUACAGAAUAUUUUAUCAUUCCAUUACGAAACGUUGAUUUAGUUUCAAUUUUCAAUUCAAUAAGUAUAUUGAGUCAAAUUUUUUAUGAUGAUAAUUUAUUGACAGAAAAUAAUCCAUAUAGACCAAUUCCAAUUGUAAAUAAACUUUGUGAAUAUUUGCAAGAAAAUAAUAAUGAUAAUAAUGCAUCAAUUAGUAUUGUUAAGAAAAUAUUAAAAAACACUCAUUUUUAUGGAGGGAAGGAAAAUGAAAUUAUUGACAUUAAAUACGCAAAUGCAGAGAUAAACAAUAUUAUUGCAUCGAUUGUAUUUUCAAAAUUUGGCAAUACAUUUGGUUAUUUAGCAACAAUAGUGAAAUCAACAAAUAAUUUAACUUUACCAUUUUUAAAAAUGAAAAUUAAAAAAGAUCUUCUUGCACAAAAAUAUUUAGAUCAGAAUUUAAAAUUUUCGCAACUUACCGAAAUUUCCGUUAAACAAAUAGUGGAAAAUUUAAUUUUUCCUCUAUUUCCCGAACCGCCGGAGGAAAAUGAAUUGAGAAUAAUUGAUAUUGAUUAUAUUUACGCACAAGCUGGUUUAAUGUUUACAAGAAAUAGUCAUAUUUAUUCGGCUAAUACAACUUUUGAGGAAUUUAUCACAAUUUCCCAAAGUGUCGAACAAGGUGUUCAUCAUGGUCUUUUAAAUAUAAAAGUAUUGCAAAUUUUUCAACUUCCUGCUCUCUUGUACUAUGCAUACAAAAAUAGACAAAAUGAUAGUUUCCACCUUCUUGUAAAAGAUAAAGAUUUUUGGAAUGAUGCCUUUUUUGUUCUCUUCUCUCAUUUGAAUGAGAAACAGGAAAUUAUUCUAAAUCUACAAAAAAAUAAUUCUGUUUAUCUUUUUGAAAAAGAAUUAUUUGCUUAUAAAAAUCGUACUGAAUAUGCGGAAUUUGUUUUGAAAAUUAUGUGCCCCAUGGCUGAUGACUCCGAAUACAAGGAAGAAAUUAAUAACUACAAAAAUGAUCCCGAUAAUUAUCACUGUAAAAGAAGGAAUAAUUUCCUUCUACCGGAUAUUAAUGAACUCUUCUCAUCACAAAAUAAACAUAUCGCCAAACUUUAUUCCAAUGUAGAGAAACAAUUUAUUGCCGAUGCAUUUAGCGAGGAGAUUAUCAAAUUUAUUGAACAAAAAAAUGUUACAGUUUCAAUAAUCGAAGCAAUUCCUAAAAAUAGAUGUAAUUUUAGAUGUCAGGCAUUGAUACCACAAUUUACAUUGAAAAAUGACACGAUUCUUUUUCAAACUAACGUCAAUGGUGUUGAUACAGUUCUCUAUGCAUUAAUUAAAAAUAAUACCAUGAUUCUAAUUAAUAAUAAAAAUAAUUCAAAUUUGUUUCUAAACACUCUGGGAUUAUCAGAAAAUACUAAAUUCAAUGUACCAUAUGCUAAAGAAUUCCUCAAAAAAGAUAAUCAAACAUUUGAUACAUUUUUGACAAAUUUAAUUAAACCAAAACGUUUGGAAUUUUACAAACGUUUACAAGAUCAUGGUUACGAAUCGACGGGAAGAGAAUCUGUAUUGGAAUUUUUGAAAAAUUUCCUACCCUUCUACACUUGUGUUCAGGCAGUAAAAACAGAAACAGCGGUAAUUGCUGUUUGCGCCUGUAUUGUUGAUUCAAUUGUCUUAAUUCCAUUAGUUGGACAGGCAACAAAUACGGGUUUAAAAUUUUUUAAUGCCGCACUCAAACCACUAUUAUUAUACAAAACUGGUUUAAAGGCAUUUACAAUUGGUCAAUUUAUAGGCACAACGUUAAAAAAUUUUGCCAUACAAACUAGUGAAGAAUUUUUGAAAUUAGUUACCAAAGAAUUAUUCCUUGACAUUGGAGCAGCGAUUUUACGUACUUUAGAUCCGGGAAUUGAAUUUUUGUACACAUUAGGAAAAGCUGGUCUAAAAGCAAUAGUAAAUUGUUUUAAAUUAAUUGAACGUAAAGUAAUGUCAUUGACAAAUGUUUUGACAUCGUUAAAAAAAGUAUCGCAACCUUCUGUAAUUAAAGUGAAUACUUUUGAACAUCAUGAUGUUUUUGUUAGUAGCAUUAACGGUCAAGAUGGUUAUGGAGUAAAAUAUUUGAAAAUUAAAGAACAAACCGUUGAAUUAAGACGUGUUCAAGGUUACGAGAAUGAAGUACCAGUUGUUUUGGUCAGUAAAUCUGAUAAAAAAAUUUAUCAAAUAAUUGAUGUUGAAAGUGAAACACUAACGCCAACAAGAUGGCAAUUAAAUGCAGAUGAUAUUUUACAUGUUGAAAUUAAACCAUUGAGAGUUAGACUAAAAACAAUUGUUGCAGAAGGACUUGGUGGACGUGGAAGUCUUAAUAAUUUAAGGCAAACAUUGAAAAGGGAAACAGAUUUAAUGAAGGCUAAUGUUAUAAGAGAAUGGCGUGAUAAAAUUGAGGAAAGUUUUCUUUCUGAUACGUUGAGACAAUAUGUUUUAGAAGAUUCUGAUCUUCGAACAAGUGCUCUUGAAUACAUUCUAAUUCAUAAUAAAUUACCCGAUUGGAUGGAAUACUAUAAAUUGACAAAUAUAAACGAUUUUCAAGUACUAAGGUAUAAUACUUUUCUAGAAAGUGGUCAUUUAACAGAAGCAGAAGCAGUUGAUCGAAGUAAUCAAUUAUUCAAAAAUAAAUAUAAAUCCAAUACAAUUGGAAUUAAUGUACGUGAAAAUUUCCAAAUUUACAAAAUUAAUCACCUCCAUUGUUAUGUUAAUUUUGACGAUUUUUGUUCAAUUACACAUUUUUUAAAUAAUGGUCCUGAAAAAUUUUGUUUACAAAAUCCCGAGGGUUGGCAUAUUCAAAAUGCAUUUAAUAAAGUUGCUAUGAGAUUUAUCGAUAUUCCUGCUUACGAUGUUCCUAGAUCAUUUUUUAAACUCGAAAAAGUUCCUGCUCAUGUUUUUUUAACAAUUAAAUCAGGUCAAUUUAAACAAUUUCAAAAUUACAUUAAUCUGGAUUUAAAUCCUUUGGCAAUUGUUGAAAAUUUAAAAACUAUUAUACCUGAUGGUGUCUCUGUACAUAUUUUAUAUGAAAUAAUUGUUGAUAAUCCGUAUUUAAUUAUUGAUUUAGAAAAAUUAAUACCACAAUCAUCGACAGCGGUACUUAUACCAAAUUUUGAAUUUUUAAUAUCGGAUGUUGAUUUUUAUCAUUAUAUAGAUGGAAAUUUGGUAUAUAAAGUAAUUUUAAAAAAUACUUCAAUUAAUAAAUCCAAAUGGAUAGCAACAUUAAAUCAAAAUAUUGAAAAAUUAAAUAAAGAAAUUCAGGUUUAUGAUAAUGUUCUAAAUGAUUUUGAUGUUGAUUUACUGAAUUAGAAAAAAAAA